CCUAAAAUCCAUAAACAAGAUGUUCCAUUACGCCCAAUAGUAAGCCAGAUUGACUCACCAACUUAUAAACUGGCUAAAUUUCUUUCAAAGAUAUUAUCACCACUCCGGGGCCACACAAAGUCAUUCGUUAAGGAUUCCUACCAAUUUGUCAAAGAUUUAAAACACCUAAAAUUGAGCGACAAUGACAGUAUGGUCAGUUUCGAUGUACAGUCAUUAUUCACUAGUAUACCUGUUCUUGACUGCAUUGAGAUUGUAAGAGGUAAGUUAAAGGAUAACAAUAUGCCUAUAGAAUAUGCAGAAUUAUUAAAGCAUUGCCUAACAUCUGGCUACCUCAUGUGGAAGGAUGAAUUCUACAUACAAGUAGAUGGAGUUGCAAUGGGUUCGCCGGUUUCCCCCGUUGUCGCUGACAUAUUCAUGGAAGACUUCGAGGUGCGAGCCCUUUGCUCUCCUCCUAUAAGACCUUUAAUAUAUAAACGGUAUGUAGAUGAUACCUUCACAAUAUUAAAUAAAAAUAAAACAUCUGCUUUUCUGAACUAUCUUAAUUCUAUCAAUAGUAAGAUUCAGUUUACUAUAGAAUUGGAGGCAAAUAAUUCUUUAGCUUUCCUUGAUAUACUUGUCGUUAGGAAUCCUGACAAUACUUUGGGACAUACUGUUUAUAGGAAACCCACACACACGGACAGGUACCUCAACGGUAACUCGCACCACCACCCUAUACAGUUAGCUACCGUUGGCAAAUCUUUGUUACAGAGAGCCCAACACCUUUGUGAUGCUGACCACCUAGAGGCCGAGCUGCAGCAUGUAAAACAUGCUCUCACCAUCAACAACCUGCCCGUGCCUCGCCAGCAUCGCAAGAACCACCUGAAGCCACCCACAGUUGAACGACAACCUGCGAUACUACCAUAUGUGAAGGGAGUUACUGACAGAAUAGGCAACAUCUUGAAGAAGACGAAGAGGAGCAUCGGUACAAGGGUUAAGGAACACAUCUCAGACAUCAAAAACAGGCGCGCGUCGAAGUCAGCAGUGUGUGAACACACAAUGGACAAACCAGGCCACUACAUUCGUUUUGAUAAACCUCAAAUCCUCGCUCGGGAAGACAAGUAUAUACCGAGAUUAAUUCGCGAGGCUAUUGAAAUUAAAAAACAUCCCAAUUUCAAUAGAGAAGAUGGCUGGAAUCUAUCAAACACCUGGGACCCCGUUCUUAAAAAUAUAAAAUCCCAUGUCCGAAACCACACCGCAGGACCUCAAGACACCGUGAGCGCAUUCUGCCGGCAUCCAGAGCGGUACGCCAGAAAAUUAAGAAAUCGAUGGCGGUAGAUGAUAAAUAACAAGGACCAACUGACAGACAUUCACACCUCGUCUGCCCGUGAUCACGGUUGCUGCAAAGUAACCGAAACGUCGGGAUUAUGUAGUUUUUUAAAUAAUAAAAUCCGCGUAGUAAAUCCGAAUAAUA